CCAGGAAUGACAAAGACAAUAGGAUACCGAGACUGGAGAUGGCUGGCGCUUUGGUGGCUUCAUUUCUUUCUCUUGUGGAUUACAAUAGACGGACAGACUCGGUACAGCAUCCCGGAGGAGCUGAAACAGGGCUCUGUGGUAGGAAAUCUAGCCAAAGAUCUGGGUUUGGGAUUGUCAGACAUUUUUGACCGUAAACUGCGUGUCGACUCUGAGGCUGGUAAGCAGUAUUUCAGUGUGGAUGCGGGGAAGGGCGAGCUGGUGGUGAAUGACAGAAUAGACAGAGAGGCUCUAUGUGGACAAAGCGUGAGCUGUGUCUUGCCUUUACAAGUUGUUACAGAGAAUCCACUACAGCUUCACCGAAUUGAAGUGGAAAUAAAGGACAUCAAUGACAAUUUCCCAAUAUUUUUAACGGAAGAGAAGUCUUUAAAGAUAGCAGAAUCCACUGCCACAGGCAUACGGUUCCCUCUAGAAACAGCACAAGAUCUGGACGUUGGUAGUAACUCAGUAAAAUCCUAUCUACUAAGUAAAAAUGACUGUUUUACUUUAAGCAUCAAAGAUUUGCCUGGAAAUAGAAAAGUUCCGGAACUAGUUCUAGAGAAAUCAUUAGACAGAGAAACACAAAGUGUCCACCAGUUUUUGUUAACAGCAUUAGACGGAGGAAAUCCUGUCAAAACAGGAACCACAAAAAUAAUAAUUACUGUUCUAGACAUCAACGAUAAUGUCCCUGUUUUCAAAAGGCCUUUGUAUAAUGUUACAGUGCCUGAAAAUAGUGUCACUGGUUCUGUUAUUGUGAAGGUUGAAGCAACAGAUGCAGACGAGGGUGUUAAUGGCGAAAUUGAAUAUGCUUUUGCCGAGCACACACCUCAGUCUCUGUUAUCUAUUUUUCAGUUGGAUUCAGGUACAGGUGAAAUUUCUUUAGUAGGACAGUUGGACUAUGAAAUAAGUGCAUUGCAUGAACUAGACAUAACUGCAAAAGAUAAAGGAGUUCCUGAAAUGGAGGGACACUGCCGUGUGCAAGUUGCAGUAAUCGACAUAAAUGAUAAUGCUCCAGAAAUAGUUUUAACUUCAAACCCAAGUCCCGUACCCGAGAACGCACCGAAGGGAACGGUUGUCGCUUUAAUCAGAGCACGAGACCUGGACUCCGGUAAUAGUGGUAGAGUGACAUUACAGCUACCAAAGGGUUCUCCAUUUAACCUCAAACCUUCAUUUUCUAAUAAUUAUGCACUAGUCACCAGUGGUCCUUUAGACAGAGAAACUUUGCCUCAGUAUAAUAUUGAGAUAACAGCCACUGAUUCAGGCUCUCCUCCCCUGUCCAGUGAGAAAACUAUACCUGUCAGUAUAACUGAUGUGAAUGAUAAUCCUCCUGUAUUCACUCAGUCCUCCUAUAAUGUGUAUUUGAAAGAGAAUGGAGUAGCAGGCUCUAUACUGUACUCAGUAUCAGCAUCUGAUCUGGAUUUUGGUGAAAACGCCCAAAUCUCUUACACUAUACUGGACUCUAAAGUGCAGGACGUAUCUGUGUCCUCUUAUGUUUAUAUUAACUCAGACAACGGCAGCAUCUACAGCAUGCACUCGUUUGACUAUGAGAAACUGAAGGUGUUCCAGAUUCAGGUUCAGGCAAAGGAUCAGGGCUCUCCGUCUCUCAGCAGCAACGCCACUGUCCAUGUUUUUAUCCUGGACCAGAACGACAAUGCCCCCGCUGUUAUUUACCCCUCCUCCGCUGCCAUGGGCUCCCUCUCUCAUCAGAGGAUGCCCCGCUCCGCAAAAGCGGGUCACCUGGUUACCAAAGUGACGGCCGUGGACGCAGACUCGGGCCAUAACGCGUGGAUCUCGUACAAAGUGGCGGAGGCCACAGACGCCUCUCUGUUCACUGUAAAUCUGUACACAGGGGAGGUGAGGACUAAACGCGCUGUGUACGAGCACGACGACUCCUCUCAGAGGCUGCUCAUAGAGAUCAAGGACAACGGGGAACCGGUCCAGUCCACCACCGUCACGGUGUCCAUUCUGAUGGAGGACGGCCUGCAUGAGCCCAUCUUAGACCUGCGACAGAAAGUGUCCGAGCCCAGCAAGAAAAAUGGCAGAAUCGCCCUUUAUUUGAUCCUCUCUCUGGCCUCGGUGUCCGUGCUGUCUGUGGUGACUUUUCUCAUCUUAGCGGUGAAAUGCAUCAGGAACAGCAGAAGCAGCGCUAGUUGCUGCACGAGUCGGAGCGACUGUGACGAUUACAAGAACCCCAACAGAAACCUGCAGAUUCAGCUGAACACUGAUGGACCUAUAAAGUACGUGGAGGUCCUGGGAGGAGACAUGUUGUCUCAGAGUCAGUCGUUCAGGUCCUGUAUGUCUCCCAUGUCAGAGUACAGUGAUUUCACUCUGAUCAAACCCAGCAGCACCACUGACUUUAAGGAGGUCAUCAGUGUCCUGGAUGCGUCUUUACCUGACAGCACCUGGACCUUUGAGAGCCAGCAGGUGAGCCCGAAAUCGAGUUUAAAACAUAAUAAGAUGCACAGUUUUGAACCUUACCAUAAAAGCAAUAACAGCAUUUAUCAACACAAAUAG